CAACUGGCAUUUGCCACACUGAGGAGUUGGUAUGCUUCUGCUACUGGACUAGAUUUUAAAAAGGAAACUACUGAAUUGGGAUUUUUUGGGGGGGUGUGUUCAUGGAUUACUCAUUCUUCGCCUUCGGAUUAAGAUGUAUUUUAAGAAGAAAAUAUUAGGACGCAUUCUUUGAAGAGGAAAGACAUUAAACGGAAUAUGCAAAAGGAAUGAUUCGUGUUCGGUGAUAAGCUGCCUUGUUUGCGCAAAGUGAUUGUUUUGUAAUUCUUAAACACCCGAUCAUCUACAGAUUUAUAAUCAUGGCCCAUCUAAUACGGCACACGGUUUCAAAUAAAAUCAUCGGUCUAAUGAACAGUGCGUCACAUAAAUCCGAGGCGAAGGUGAGCGGUGUGUUUGCGCGCCUCGGCUUCCAAACGGCCACCGAUGAGGAAGCUCUCGCUUUCGCCGAUUGUGAUGGCCUGGAUUACGAUUACAGACGUGGGCUAAGAAUGGACGAAGUGAAGACGACCGAAGAAACAGAUGGAAUGGUGGCUGAAGACAGUCAUUACCAAAGACACGGUAAUGGCCCCUCAGAAUCCCGAAAAAACAGCGACUCGCUCGAGGUGGAAGGAGCGCAAGACAAACGGAAAAUCACAGCAUGGGAUGCGGGCUGGAACGUCACCAAUGCAAUUCAGGGUAUGUUUGUGUUGGGCCUCCCCUAUGCUGUCCUGCAUGGUGGCUACCUGGGACUCUUCCUCAUCGUCUUUUCAGCGGUGGUGUGCUGCUACACAGGCAAGAUUCUCAUUGUGUGCCUCUAUGAGGAGAACGAGGAUGGAGAGCGUGUACGUGUGCGUGACACGUAUGUGGACAUUGCGAAUGCUUGCUGUGCGCCACGCUUCCCUGUGCUUGGUGGCCAUGUUGUAAAUGUGGCGCAAAUCAUUGAGCUAGUGAUGACAUGCAUCCUUUAUGUGGUUGUCAGUGGCAAUCUGAUGUAUAACAGCUUUCCAGGAUUCCCUGUGUCACAGAAGGCCUGGUCGGUGCUUGCUGCGGUGGCGCUCCUGCCAUGCGCAUUCCUGCGCAACCUGAAGGCCGUUUCUAAGCUAAGUCUGCUGUGUACUAUUGUGCACUUCAUCAUUAACGUGAUGGUGAUUGCCUUCUGCCUGUCACAUGCACAGGACUGGGCAUGGGACAAGGUCAAAUUCUACAUUGAUGUCAAGAAGUUCCCCAUCUCUAUUGGCAUUGUUGUUUUUAGCUACACAUCACAGAUUUUCCUGCCCUCACUUGAGGGCAACAUGCAGAAGCCUGCUGAGUUCCACUGCAUGUUGGAGUGGACACACAUUGCUGCCUGCAUUCUCAAGGGCCUGUUUGCCCUUGUAGCCUACCUCACAUGGGCCGAUGACACAAAAGAGGUGAUCACAGAUAAUCUGCCACCUGGCAUACGGAUGUGGGUUAAUAUCUUUUUGGUGGCCAAGGCAUUGCUCUCCUACCCCCUGCCCUUCUUCGCUGCUGUAGACAUUUUGGAGAAGUCUUUGUUUCAAGAUGGAGAUGGGACCCCAUUCCCAAACUGCUAUGGAACAGAUGGGAGGCUUAAGUCUUGGGGGCUUGCCAUGAGAAUUGGGCUUGUUGUUUUUACCCUUCUCAUGGCUAUCUUUGUCCCGCACUUUGCUUUGCUCAUGGGCCUCACUGGAAGUCUCACUGGUGCUGGACUGUGCUUCCUGCUACCCUGCUUAUUCCACCUAAAGCUUCUCUGGCGCAAGCUUUUGUGGCAUGAAGUCUUUUUUGACAUCUCCAUCUGUAUAAUAGGAAGCAUAUGCAGCAUAUCAGGGUUUAUUUACUCCACUGAAGGUCUCAUUGAGGCCUUUAAGUAUAACACCCUGGAUUAAGGAUAUUACAGAUUUUCUUAAAUGCGAAUGAAAUGCUCCUUGAUUACAUAUAUGACCAUGAGAUGUGUUUCAUUUAAAAUCAUUCUGUAGAAAACAAUUAAAACUAACUAUUUAUUUCUUGUUAAAGUUUGCUGUGAUAGUUUAACUAUGUACUUGUUAUUUUCUGAAUAUCUCCCUAGCAAAAUAUAAGCCAAAAGAAAUAAUUUCCUAAGUAAAAACUAAGUCAAGAAAUGUUGUGAUGCAAACCCAGCCAACAUGCCUUGUGUAGCGGAAAAUAGAAAUCAGCAUUAGCAUUAGCAACCUAGUAUUAGUGAUGUUGGAAAUUGAAUACAUUAAAUAUAUCAUUAAAUGUCAAAGACCAUCGAGCUACAGAUACUGACCUUUUAAAACACAAUUUCUCUUUAUUAUUAUUAUUAUUAUUAUUAUUAUUAUUAGUUUAUUUAUUUUUUAAAUUACCAAAUGUGUUGAGAUAUUUCAAGUAAAUUUAAAAGAGUACAAUCAGAAUAUUUGACAAAUUAUUUGGAUCUCUGAUAUUUUAUUUAAAUGUUUAAGGGUCAGAAGAAUCAAAGUAACAAAUUAGCGAAGUUAUCCAAAUAAACACUGUCAGAAACUGUAAAUUAUUGUGAUAGAGCAUAUUUUAUUUUGUCCCCAUAUGUUUAGUAAGAUUGUUUUGUAAUACAGUGUGUGUAUUCAUGAGUGAAAAUGAGGUGCAAGGUGGGCUAUGGAAAAGUGACUGAGUUGUGUGUUUAAUGUAACCCAAACCUAGGUUGGCCUUGUGGUGCGUGUACAAGAAUAAAAAUGUGUACAAGAAUAAAGAGAGCGUGCGCCCUGAAGA